CGGCGCCUUCCUCCGCAGAGCAGCGGCCCGAGCGCAGCGCGGCGCGGCGGAGCGGACGCGGGGUGCGGCGCCCACCGACGGUGCGGUCCGCAGGCUCCAGGCGCACUCCGUCCGCCUGGCCCUCCGGGUCACUCUGGCCGCAGCUUCAACCCUGCACGGUCACCUGACGGAGCCCCGCGGGGGCUGCGCGUCCCGCUGCGUCCCCCGCAGACCCCGGCGAUGCCGCGCGGCGCUGCCUGGGCGCUGCUGCUGGCCGCGGCCCUGGGACUCGGGGCGCGCCGAGUGCGCGGUGCAGUGGCCCUCGCCGACUUUUACCCGUUCGGCGCGGAGCGCGGCGACGCCGUCACCCCCAAGCAGGACGACGGCGGCUCGGGGCUGCAGCCCCUGUCGGUGCCCUUCCCGUUCUUCGGUGCCGAGCACUCCGCACUCUACGUUAACAAUAACGGGAUCGUCUCCUUCCUGAAGGAGGUUUCUCAGUUCACCCCCGUGGCCUUCCCCAUUGCAAACGACCGCUGCGUGGUGGCAGCUUUCUGGGCAGAUGUGGACAACCGGCGUGCAGGCGACGUCUACUACCGGGAGGCCACUGACCUGGCCACGCUGCACAGAGCCACAGAAGACAUCAGACGCUACUUCCCUGAGCUCCCAGAUUUCUCUGCUACCUGGGUUUUUGUUGCCACGUGGUACCGAGUGACCUUCUUUGGAGGCAGCUCCUCUUCUCCUAUCAACACGUUCCAGACUGUGCUCAUCACGGACGGCAAGGUCUCCUUCACCAUCUUCAACUAUGAAUCCAUCACGUGGACCACAGGCACACAUGCCAGCAGCGGGGGGGAUGCCACCGGCCUGGGGGGCAUUGCAGCCCAGGCAGGCUUCAACGCAGGUGAUGGGCAGCGCUACUUCAACAUCCCGGGCUCCCGCACGGCGGACAUGGCCGAGGUGGAGACCACCACCAACGUGGGUGUGCCUGGGCGCUGGGCGUUCAGAAUCGAUGAUGCCCAGGUGCGCGUGGGGGGCUGCAGCCAUACAACCUCUGUGUGCCUGGCCCUGCGCCCAUGCCUGAACGGUGGCAAGUGCAUUGACGACUGUGUCACGGGCAACCCUUCCUACACCUGCUCCUGCCUCGCUGGCUUCACAGGGCGGAGGUGCCACCUGGAUGUGAACGAAUGUGCCUCCCACCCAUGUCAGAAUGGCGGAACCUGCACCCACGGCAUCAACAGCUUCAGCUGCCAGUGCCCGACUGGCUUUAGGGGACCUACCUGUGAGUCAGCCCAAUCCCCAUGUGACAACAAAGUGUGUCAAAAUGGCGGCUGGUGCCAGGCAGGAAGCAGCUCUGCUGUGUGUGUGUGCCAGGCCGGGUACACGGGGGCCACCUGUGAGACAGAUGUAGACGAGUGCAGCUCUGACCCGUGCCUGAAUGGAGGGUCAUGUGUUGACCUGGUGGGAAACUACACAUGCGUGUGUGCAGAGCCCUUCGAAGGACUUCACUGUGAGUCAGGAAGCUACGCCUGCCUCUCUACCCCUUGCCAGAAUGGGGGUACCUGUGUGGAUGCCGAUGACGGCUACGUGUGCGAGUGCCCAGAAGGCUUCAUGGGCUUGGACUGCAGGGAGAGAAUCCCUAACGACUGUGAGUGUCGCAAUGGAGGUAGAUGCCUUGGCGCCAACAUCACCCUCUGCCAGUGUCCCCCGGGCUUCUUCGGGCUCCUGUGUGAAUUUGAAAUCACAGCCACACCCUGCAACAUGAACACUCAGUGCCCGGACGGGGGCUACUGCAUGGAGUACGGCGGGAGCUACCUGUGCGUCUGCCACACCGACCACAAUGUCAGCCACUCCCUGCCGUCGCCCUGCGACUCGGACCCCUGCUUCAACGGAGGCUCCUGCGACGCCCACGACGACUCCUACACGUGCGAGUGCCCGCGCGGGUUCCACGGCCGACACUGCGAGAAAGCCCGGCCACAUUUGUGCAGCUCGGGGCCCUGCCGGAAUGGAGGAACAUGCAAGGAGACAGGCAGCGAGUACCGCUGCACCUGCCCGUACCGCUUCACUGGGAGGCACUGCGAGAUUGGGAAGCCAGACUCAUGUGCCUCCGGCCCUUGUCACAACGGCGGCACCUGCUUCCACUACAUCGGCAAAUACAAGUGUGACUGUCCCCCAGGCUUCUCCGGGAGGCACUGUGAGAUAGCACCCUCCCCCUGCUUCCAGAAUCCAUGUCUGCAUGGGGGUACCUGUGAGGAUCUAGGCAAAGAUUUCUCCUGCCAUUGCCAGGCAGGGUACACAGGACACCGGUGCCAGGCAGAGGUGGACUGUGGUCGCCCUGAGGAGGUGAAGCAUGCCACGAUGCGCUUCAAUGGAACUCGCGUGGGUUCGGUGGCCCUGUAUGCAUGCAGCCAUGGCUACAGCCUGGAUGCCCCCACCCACAUCCGUGUCUGUCAGCCGCAGGGUGUCUGGAGCCAGCCUCCCCAGUGCCUUGAAGUGGAUGAGUGCCGAUCUCAGCCCUGCCUGCAUGGGGGUUCCUGCCAGGACCUCACCGCUGGGUACCUGUGCAUCUGCAGCCCGGGGUAUGAGGGAGUCCACUGCGAGCUGGAGACAAAUGAGUGCAGCAUGCUGCCCUGCAGAAAUGGAGGCACCUGCAGAGACCUCCCUGGGGCCUUCGUCUGCCAGUGCCCCAUGGGCUUCACUGGAGUCCACUGUGAGACAGAGGUGGAUGCCUGUGACUCCAGCCCCUGCCAGCACGGAGGCCGGUGUGAAGGUGGUGGUGGGGCCUACCUGUGCGUCUGUCCAGAGGGUUUCUUUGGCUACCAUUGUGAGACAGUGAGUGACCCCUGCUUCUCCAGCCCCUGUGGGGGCCGUGGCUACUGCCUAGCCAGCAACGGGUCCCACAGCUGCACCUGCAAAGUGGGCUACACGGGCAAGGACUGCACCAAAGAGCUCCUCCCACCAACAGCCCUCAGAGUGGAGAGGGUGGAGGAGAGUGGGGUCUCCAUAUCCUGGAGCCCGCCUGAGGGCGCCGCGGCCAGGCAAGUGCUGGACGGCUACGCGGUCACCUACGCCUCCUCGGAUGGCACCUCCCGCCGCACGGACUUCGUGGAGCGGAGCCGCUCCUCGCACCAGCUGCGAGCCCUGGCGGCCGGCCGCGCCUACAACAUCUCGGUCUUUUCAGUCAAGCGUAACACCAACAACAAGAAUGACAUCAGCAGGCCCGCCGCGCUGCUGGCCCGCACCCGACCCCGCCCUGUUGAGGACUUUGAAGUCACCAACGUGACAGCCAAUGCCAUCUCAGUGCGGUGGACUCUGCACAGGAUCCAUCACGCCACUGUCAGCAGGGUUCGAGUGUCCAUCCUCCACUCAGAGGCCCCUGAGGCCCAGUCCACUGAUGUGGACAGAAGUGUGGACCGGCUCACAUUUGGGUCCCUACUGCCAGGAAGAAGAUACACUGUGCGAUUGACCACCCUCAGUGGGCCCGGGGGAGCAGAGCAUCCCACCGAGAGCCUGGCAUCAGCACCACUGCAUGUUUGGACCCGGCCCCUUCCUCCAGCAAACCUGACAGCCUCCCGCGUCACGGCCACCUCUGCCCACGUGGUAUGGGACGCCCCCACUGCAGGCACCUUGCUGGAGGCUUAUGUCAUCAAUGUGACCACCAGCCAGAGCACCAAGAGCCGCUAUGUUCCCAAUGGGAAGCUGCUGUCCUACACAGUGCGUGACCUACUGCCAGGGCGGCGGUACCAGCUCUCAGUGACAGCUGUGCAGAGCACAGAGCAGGGCCAGCUGCACAGCGAGCCUGCACACCUCUACAUCAUCACCUCCCCCAGAGACAGUGCUGAAAGACGCUGGCAUCAGGGAGGACACCACCCACGGGUACUCAGAAACAGACCGCCCCCUGUGCGCCUGCCAGAGCUGCGUCUGCUCAACGACCAUGGUGCCCCUGAGAUGCCAACUCAGCUGCCCAGGUUCUCAGAGCUUGUGGAUGGAAGAGGAAGAGUGAGUGCCCGGUUCAGUGGCUCUCCCAGCAAAUCAGUCACUGUGAGAUCACAACCCACUGCACCAGUGCCACUUGAGAACACGGAGGAGGUCCCGCAGCCGAUCCAUCUGGCCCUCCAGCUCCCUGAGCACAGUGACAAGGACAUGGAAAAUACUCCUAGGAGCUGUUCAGAAGAUGCCUGUCAGAAUGGAGGCACUUGUGUGCCAGGUGCUGAUACCCACAGCUGUGACUGUGGACCUGGAUUCAAAGGCAGGCGCUGUGAGCUCGCUUGUGAAAAGGUGCCCCGCCCCUGCACAAGGCUGUUCUCAGAGACGAAGUCCUUUCCUGUCUGGGAGGGAGGCAUCUGCCACCACGUGUAUAAGAGAGUCUACAAAGUUCAUCAGGACAUCUGCUUCAAAGAGCGCUGUCAAAGUACGAGCCUCAAGAAACCCCACACAGGUGCAUCUUGGGGGCAGGCUGUGUACAGCAUGCAGUUCCACAGGGUGACGGGCAAGGGUGGUAAAAGGGUUAGAUCAAGCCAGGCUGUCUGCCCAGAAAUUCAGUCCCUGUACAGCUGUGCUCUGCUCAGAAACUGUGUGCAUGAGGACACGGAUGGGAAGUCCAGGUGGUCACUGGUGGAAGUGCAGGUAGCCACUGGCCCUGAAUGGGGAAGCACAGAGGGAUAUUCACAAGCCUAAGUGCAUAACUACAAGUAUAGAAAACCUGUUUGUCUUUUAUUCACUCAGACCCAAGUUCUUCCCUCCAUGGGUUCAAGGUAGUCAUAAGAAUGAUUACUGAAAGAAGUGCCUGAGAACAGUAUCUAAAUUUUUUCACAAUGAAUCCUCAUCUCAGGCAUAGUCUCCAUGGACCAACUGUAAUCACACAUCCUUGCUUUGUGUGACAGUGCAGGAAAGGCUACUGCAUGCUCUCACCAACAGCACUGCUUGGCCUGAGUAUGUCACUGUCUUGCCUGUGUAGCUCUUGCUGCUUUCGUUCACACAUACAUCUCUCCAUGGUGCACAACCACCCAGGUUGCUACCCACUCCUUCCACAGCUUCCACCUCAAGCAGGUGUGUGCACCCAGAUGGCGCACCAGUCCCCGUGUUAUCAUCUGCACUAGUGGUAUUCCUCACAGUGGGAUUUAGGUGAGGUAGGAUUAAAGGUACACAAGUCCCUUUCUGACUAAACUACUUCUCUUCAUUAUUUCAGGAAACAAAGUAAAAACAGUCAAACACUGAAGAAAUCUUAAGGUAUGUCCCUGGCCACCCCGAGAGCUACUGGGAAGUGGGAGCUCUCAUCCCACCCAGCACUGGGCCUUGAGCGCCGCAGUCCUUAUCAGGCACUGUGAGAGCAAACUCAGCAGUAAGCUGUUACAAACCCGACUAGGAAGGUUCAGGAAUCUUUUGCCUAGAGCCUCUCAAUAGACAUAAUCUAGGGCCUCCACAGACAUAAAUUUGCCCCCAGGUGCAACUGAGGCUCUCUGCAGGGAGGGCAAACUCCAAUGUCAAGGAAAAUGGGAGCCAGCCAGGAAGGGGGCUCAGAGAAGCUGGAGGACCAACUGGCACCUAGAAUUCUAAGCAUCACGAACCCCAAAAUGAAACACUUUACUUCUUUGACUCAGCACUUCCCUUCCCUACGUCCCCCGUCACACACUCCGUUGAAUCUUAAAAGGAUGUUGGCAUUCUUCACGAUAGUCUGGAAAGUACUGAGUUGCCCCACAGAAACCCAUCUGCAGCCUGAACUCAGUUCUGCACUGACUUCUGAUCACUGUGGUAUCACUGGGAAUGACAGAUUGCUGGCCUAUGACAGCUUACUCCUCUACCCCUCGGUGAGCCUGAACAGCCUAUCCUCCCAGAGAAGGAGUAGGAGAGGGUGGCGCCCUUGGUAAGGGCAGGUCUCCCUUAUCUUCUGUGGCUGAGGGCAUAAAGGAGAAAUGUUACCCAAAAGCCUAAGAACAACCAAAAGGAGAGGACCUUCCAGGCAUGACUCACCCCAAGGCAAUACCACACUAACUGGGAGGGCAAGACCAAGGCUAGAGCUUCAUGGGCAUGAGAAGAGCAGACUCUCACAGGGUCCUAUGCAAGAGAACGUGUGCAUCUGACCUAUUUCAGAUGGGAAAACUCUCUGCAUAAAGAGCAGCUGACAACACUCAGUUCCUGUCCACUUACCAGCAUUACCUCCCCUCUAGCCUCAGCCUCUAGGAAUAAACACAUAAAACACUUUCCAAGAUUUGUAAGCAAUUCCAAUCCUGGUAAGGAUCAAGAGCCUGCAAGCAUCAUUUGGUUUUGAAAUACUUUUUUUUGUUGUUCAGAUUUGUUUAUUAUAAAAUUUUUAUUAGGAUAUAUUCAUUACAUUGGGGGGGGAUUCUGAUUAGACUUAUAUUGUA